GUGGUUGAGAUCAAUUGUUUGGGGGUAGAAUUAUGUGAGGAGUUGUGUUGUUGGAGGUGCGUCUUGGUCAAUUUGACGAAGGCUGUAUUUCUGAGUUAAUCUUCACUGCCUAAUGAGCUGACCAGCGGUGAUUCCCCAUGCAGUCUGCAGAAUACAGGGACCCAUUUCGACUACUUUAAAAUCAUCUUUACUCCCUCUCCUUUAGUUUAUAAUUUAUUUGACAAAGUUUGAAGUUAAAAUCUAUUUAGUGGGUCACUAAUUUACUUUAUUCAAUCCCAUCAUGUCAAAUCAGUGAUCGCCAUCAAGGAACACGGCCCAUUUCCUCAUUUGAAAUGAGGGGGGCUUGCAAUGUCCCCUCCUCGAACCCCCUCGCGCCCACCCCGGCAGGCACCACCGAUUGUUGACAAAGACACCGCGAGACAGAAGAGAGCCCUAGUCUUGGUUUUUAGCAUUACGCCAUCGGAGGCCUACGGAGAACGGGAAAGCAGCGCAAACGUCUUGAAAACCAACCGUGUGGUCGGCUCGAGGCGAUUCGUAAUCGUUACCUAGUGGUCGGACCGCAGACCUCGCCGCGUGAAGAAGAGGACACCUCCGGCGAACCACAGCCACCUUUACCUACCCACCGACAGAAUGAUCACGGCGGGUCGGGCUGGGUUGGUGUCGGUGUGAUUUAACGUAUCUCAAGGAGUCUUCCGUACCUAGAAGAACCAAGAGGCCGGGGUCUAGGCGAGAUCUGGCCGGGCAUGGUGUGAUCUGAGUCUGGCUGCCAGUCUGGAUCUGACCGGUGACCACCCGUCCUUUCCCCGGAGCCUUUGUGGCUCCAAGCCGCGUCCAGAGCACUCCAAGAUGGGGAAUUGUGACGGGAGAUGCACGCUGGUGGCGAUAUGUUCACUGCAGCUGAUGGCAGCACUACAGAGACAGGUGUUUGACUUCCUGGGCUACCAGUGGGCUCCUAUCCUGGCCAACUUCCUCCAAAUCAUGGCCGUCAUACUGGGGAUCUUUGGAACCGUGCAGUUCAGAUCCCGCUAUCUCAUACUGUAUGCAGUGUGGUUGGUGCUGUGGGUGGGAUGGAACUCCUUUAUCAUCUGUUUCUACCUGGAGGUGGGACACUUGUCUCAGGACAGGGACUUCCUGAUGACUUUCAAUACGUCACUGCAUCGGUCAUGGUGGAUGGAGCAUGGCCCUGGUUGCCUAGUAACACCAGUGUUGGACUCCCGCAUUGCCCCUGAUGACCACCAUGUCAUCACCGUCUCCGGCUGUCUCCUUGACUACCAGUACAUUGAGGUGUUGAGCUCUGCACUACAGGUCUUACUGGCUCUCUUUGGCAUUGUGUAUGCCUGCUACGUGAGCAAAGUCUUCCAGGAUGACGAGGAUAGCUUUGAUUUCAUUGGUGGCUUUGACUCCUAUGGUUACCAGCCUCCUCAGAAGACCUCCCACCUCCAACUGCAGCCACUCUACACUGCUGGGUAGGUGAAGGUGGCGCACCUAUCAGACAAUACCUCAGCAGGGAAGCGGAGUCGCCAUGGGAAUAGAACAUUCACUCUGUGUGUCACAGUACAACUGAACGAUAGACUCACCUGUGUGUGUAUGUGAAACCGUGUGUGUAUGUGUUAACCAAGGGUAAACUGACUGACACCCCUGAGGUGAAUGUACCAGCAGUUCUAGGGGGAAGCAGGGGGAGAUGGCGGGGAGACACUGGGCGUGGUCACAUCCUAAUGGACACUGAGGAUAUUGAGAGGACACUGCACCUACCGGCUCUCAUCAUUCCUGCGACCCCGUGUGUGUGUGUGUGUGUGUGUGUGUGUGUGGCGCGACAGGACUAGCUGGAUGACCUCUGAACUAUUGUGGAAGGGGCCUCGAAGUCACAUGGGGCACAGCUCUUCAUGUUGUCGUUUUAGAAUGUGAUGUCGUAAUAGAACAGUCGAAUGUCAAAUUCCAAGCUUGUCCCUAGUUCUGUUGUGACAGGGUGACUCUGUUUAAACACAAUCACGGCAAAAAUUGACUGGUUAGGGAUUGGGCUUUAGUGUCUCUGGGUAAAGAUAUGGGGGAUUCUGUGCAUGUACAUAUCUGGCUGAUGAAUGGUUGUUGCUUUUGUUUGGUGAUGAGGGGGUGAUCGUGUAGCCACGUCCCUUUACAUUUCUCCUCUCACCUUUAGACGACCCAGGGAGAAUCUCAAUUGCAUACUUCUCGCAUACUCUCCUCGCCUCCUUUUCAAAACCAAUUGGAGGAGAAUGUUCAAGGGGAGUGACCUCUGGCUUUCUCAUCCAAUGGGUUUUGAAAAGGAGGCCAGGAGAGAGAUGAUGUGAGGAGUAUGUAAUUGAGCUUCUCCCCCAAUGUCCUCCUUGACUUUGGGGGAGAAUGCGUCCUUCCUCACACCCUACUAUCCUUCCUUUUAUUCUCUCCUUACACUUCAUUCACUCCCUCUUUCCUUCCAUCCAUCUCUAAAGAUACAGUAUCACUGGUCUGACCUGAUGAUAUUGAUGAAAGGAAUAUAUGAAGGACACUGAUUUAUUUCACCAACAUACAAUAGGUCUGGUCAGGGAGUGUUUCCAGGAAGGAAGAGAGGAGAGGAUAGGAGGGCUGUAUUUCUGAAGUGGUUUACUUGGAUGAGACAGGUGUGUGUGUGUGUGUGGGGGGGGAGAAAUAAAGAAACUUUCUAAAUGAAA